GCUUCAAGAAAGAGCAAGAGAGAGUUAGAGAGCAUUUGCAAGGGAGGAGGAUGCAGUUGCCAGGGAACAGUGCUGCAAUAGAAGAGUCAAUCCUUUACAGCUCGGAGGAGGAUGAAAACACAGUGAGUGAUGGAGGCAAAAUGGACUGAACAUCAGAGAAACAGGCAAUCCCCUCUCUGAACAGCCUGACAGAUUCAAGAGAAGCGAGCUGAGCCCCAUCCUCCCCUACAGAGGAGGGAGGGGUGCAGCAGAAGCCGCUUCACGCAUGGACAGCAUGGAGGUGAAGGACGAGUGGCAGGAUGAGGACUUCCCCAGACCACUGCCAGAGGAUGGGGAUUUGUGUGGCCUCACCGACAGUAGAUCCAAUCCUCCCACCAGCCUGAAUGUUGGGGAGUCCAUGACUCAAAGGAAACGUCGCACACUGGUAGCCCCCGACAUGAACCUGUCCUUAGAUCAGAGCGAGGGCUCGGUGCUCUCUGACGAAUUCCUGGAAACACCCGAUGACCUGGACAUCAAUGUCGACGACAUGGAGACUCCCGAUGAGACUGACUCACUUGAGUUCAUCAACAAUGGCAAUGAGCUGGAGUGGGAAGAUGACACUCCCGUGGCCACCGCGAAGCGCUUUCCAGGGGAAGAUGAGGAGGAGAGAGACUCAAGUGGCCGUCUGUGGAGAACAGUGGUCAUUGGCGACCAGGAGCAACGGAUUGACAUGCAGACCAUCCGACCGUACCUGCGGGUGGUCACACAUGGAGGUUAUUAUGGCGAAGGUUUGAAUGCCAUCAUCGUGUUUGCUGCCUGCUACCUCCCAGACAGCGGCUGUGAUGACUACACAUACAUCAUGGAGAAUCUCUUCCUGUAUGUCGUGAGCAGCCUGGAGCUGCUGGUGGCUGAAGAUUAUACAAUCGUUUACCUGAAUGGAGCCACCCCUCGCAGGAAGAUGCCAGGAAUAAGCUGGCUGAAGAGAUGCUACCAGAUGAUUGACAGAAAACUAAGGAAGAAUCUCAAGUGUCUCAUCAUCACUCACCCAACAUGGUUCAUACGGACAGUUCUGGCCAUCUCAAGACCUUUCAUCAGUGUGAAGUUCAUGGAUAAGAUCCGGUAUGUUCACACUCUGGAGGAACUCAGCCAAAUAAUCCCCAUGGAGCAUGUGCAGAUCCCUGAGUGUGUGCUGCAGUAUGAUGAUGAAAAGAUCAAAGCACAAAGGGAAACACUUGAGCAAGAGCAGCAGCAGACCAGCUCAACAUUCCUGAAAGAAAGGCCGAAGUCAAUGAUAGCACAGGUUGGCCGUGACAUAUGACAUUAAGAGCUUUGAGUGGAAGAGCCUGCGUGGAACAUUCAUUCAUCAAACGUCAACCAGCACCUUCUUGCACAGGACUGAAUCUCUUAGGUGGAUCUGUUAGCUGCAGGACAAUCGGCCCUCAGUAUUUCUCUUGUUCUCAGCGCUCGCUUUCAAAAAUUUCAAAGUUUGUUUUACGCCAAAACUUAAAAAAUUCAAUUUUAACAAAAUAAAAAUGUUUUUUUGCUCUCUGCAUGCUUGAGAUUUGCUUUACAGCAUGACUAUUCUGAAUGAAGAGUUGCAGACAAACAUGAACAACUCAUAUGUUGUGUGGAAUAUGUACAAACUUUUAAUGAAUAUGAAUGGCAUGGGUUUUGGUCAGUUUUAUGGAUAAUUUAUGGAUAUACCGGUAACUUAUGUGCAACCAUCCUGUUCUUCUUAAACUUAGAGUAGGUGCUACUGAUGCAAAGUUGUGUUUGUUUUUUCCAGAUCUAAAUAUGCAGGUGGCAUGCUUGUUUGCAUCCUUCCUUCCUUUGGUACAUUUUUUUUUUGUUUUUCUGUCAGUUUUUAAGCUCUAUAAAAGUACUUUUAUAGCUUGACAGCAUACAUUGUUACAAAUGAAAUUAAAUAUAUUUAAAGAGAGAGUCAAAUUAUUGAUUUAUUUGUUGUUUAUGAAAAUGUGCCAUUUGUUGUUUGUAUAAAAAAAAGAAGAAAUAAAUGAAUUAUUUAAGUAAAAUCUGCCUUGUCCUACCCUCUGUACUCAAUCACGACCCUGAAACUAAACAGACAACCUG